AUGGAAUCAUUAAAAAAUUUUGUUCGAUACAGUUGGAGUUCAUCACCAAAAGUACGUACUGAUGUUAUUAAUGAUCUUGUUGAAACAUUAAAAACUAAUCAAACCGAUGAUCUACCAGAUCCUGCUUUGAAAAUCUUAGCACAUACAAUUGGUCAAUUAAUUCCAUCGUAUACAACAGCAAAAUCACGAGUUUUACUUAGUACACUUUUGGAUGCAGCUGUUGGAAAAUAUAAAGAAAGAAUUUUGAAACCAAUUCUUAAUGCAUUUGAUUUACAAUCACGUACGAUUUGUAAAGUACAUCCACAUCGAAAUGCACGAGUUCAAGCUGAUUAUGGAUUUUUAUAUAUGUCAAGAAUUUUAGUUGCAAGUCAAGGAGUAACAACUGAUGAAGAAAUCGAUAAAUUAACUUUAUUGAUCUUUUCGAGAUAUAUCUCAAGUAUAUUGGCUGAUUUAUCAACACCGUUAGGAUUGAAAUUAGUUGAUAAACGUUUGAAAAAUCUAUUUAAACAGGUUCCAAAAGUGUCUGAACGUUGGGUAAAAUUAUUACAAUCGAUAUCUGAACUUGAUUUAGCUCAUUUGGGUAUGAUCAGUGCUCUGUUACAUCGAUUUAAAACAACUGAACCAACAUUAUAUGAACAAGUUAAAACUGUUGGUAUUGAUUCCUAUACAAAAUUAAUUCUUGGUACACGAACAAAACCAUACGAUGCAGCAUUAAAACCUUGUACUGAAAUUAUACGUUCAAUUGAUAUUGAAACAUUUAAAACAAAUGUUUAUCCAGCUGUGAAUCGAUCACUUCUUCGUAAUCCUGAAAUAAUCAUCGAAGCUGUACCAUCAUUACUUAGUAAUUUACAAUUCGAUCUAAGUUAUACUGCUAAUGAAUUAGCUAAACUUCUAGCUCCACCAUUGGUAUCAAAAACUGAAAGUUUAGAAGCAUCUGCAUUAACUUCAUUUCAAGCUCUUGCUAAACAAAUUGCUAAUGGUGAAACAGUUCUAAGUAUAGUUCAAUAUCUAUUUAAUAUUCUUAAUGGAACUGAUUCAUCCGUAAGUAAAUUAUCGGUGAUAAGUCAACGUGAAAAUGUUUUGAAUGCAAUUGGAGCAUUAAGUCGAUCACCAAGCAAAAAUAUAUCUCAGGAAGAUAUUUUGAAAUUAUUUGAUAAAUACUUUUAUUCAAUGAUACAACAAGAAGUACAUGAAGGUCUUAUUGGUCAUAUGUUACAACAAAUGACUGGUUGGUGUUCAAGAUUAACUAGUGUUAAUCAAACAUUAACAGAUUUUUUUAAGAAAGGACUUGAACAAAAAACUAGUACAGCUGUUACACGGACAGCUUAUCUUCAAUGUAUGUUGGCAACAUAUAAAGAGGAAACUAUAACAUCAUUAAUUCCAUUACAUACAACAUUAAUGGCAUCUUAUGAACGUGGUCUUAAUCAACCAACAUUGAUUAUUUGUGUUCAUGAAGCAUUAUUAGCAGCACUUAUAAUGAUUAAUAUUGCUCAAAUGAAUUCUGCUUAUGACAAUAAAUUGACAUCCUUAUGGUCGACAUUGAACGAUAGUAAAAAACAAAUAUUUACAACAGAUAAAUUUCAACGAGAAAUUAAUCAAGCUGGUGCCAGAGUUUUCUUUCAAUUAUACGAACAACUUCAUGGAACAUUACAUAUUCAAGAUAUCGGACCAUACACUCGAACAUUUAUUCAUUUAAUUUUACAUUCAUCAUAUGAAGUACGAAAAUCAGCAUACGAUAUCAUUCGUCGUCUUGUUAACAAUCUACGUUCGAAUGAAACGGAUAUUAGUUUAGCACUUUUAAAUGCAUUAGAAACAUAUUUUGAUCAUUUUCAAUUGACUAAUGACUCAGGAGAUGAAAUGAAAUCAACAACCGUUUCGAAAGGUCUUGAAGAAACAUUAUUAUGUUUAGCUAAAUCAAUGCGAACGCAAGAUGAAAAAACAAAAAUUAUGCUUUGUGUUCGAGCAUUACUUGUUUCUUGUUUAAGUUCACAACUUGUAUUAACCGAUGAAAAACUUUGGUUAAAAUUUCUUUAUCAUAUAUUUGAUAAACAACAAAAUGAAAUCGAAAAUUUCUUUAAAAAUAACGUUGAUUUACUCGUAAAAGCUUGUACCGAAAAUCAACGAAUACAAAAAAAUCAAAUAUCGGCAAUUGGUCUUCUCUGUUCUUUAAGACCAAAUCUGUUUUUAAAACCAUUUCUUCAAAUUGCUUAUCAACGUCUUGAAACCGAUCGUUAUUUAUCAGUUAAUAAAAAAUCUUAUGAAAUAAUGAAAACACCUGCAGGACAAAUUUAUGAUAAAACUGUGAUGGAAACGAUAUUGAAACAUGAAGCAAAAGAUACUGGAAAUGUGAAAAGAGAAAGUAAAAAUUAUUCGUAUAAAGAACAAAUGGCAGCAAGAGAAUUAGAAAAAGAAUUAGCAGCUAAACAAAAAGCUGAAGCACCACAAUUAACAAAAAAACAACAAGAAAUGCUUCAACAACAACUUGAUCAAGAACAAACAAUACGUGAUAAUAUUAAAAAAAUUGAUGAAAGUGCGAAAAAUAUUUUUGAACUUUUAACAAAUAUUAUCAAAAGUACACAAGAACAAUUUAUACCGUAUAUUGGUGAACUUGUUAUUCAUGUUUGGCCAGCAUUACAAUCACCAUUAGCAUUUAAUUAUGCUAAAGAUUUAUAUGUUACACUCGUACCAAUUGUAUUUAUGAAUGACAAAGAUACAUUUGGUAAUAAUAAUAAUAAUAAUAAUAAUAUUGAUUUACUUAUUUUUGUUUUGUUUUUUCAAGGUUAUGCUAUUGCAAAUCUAGCAAUUCGCCUCAAUUGUGAUCCAUCAACUACUAAUCAACAAAUAGAAAAACGUUGGCUUCAAGAAGAUCUUUUAUUAGCUAUUGAACGUUUACUUCAACGUUUAUAUGAAAAUACUCAACAAGCUAAAACAUUUAUGCAAUUAUCAAUUGCUCGACUAGAUUAUUGUCUACCUUUAUUUAAAAAUAUUGUUAGUUAUUCAAAAUGUAAAAAUGAAUGGGUUACAUUAAUACUGAACAUUUGUCGGGAAUAUUUUUCAGUUGUUUCAACUGCAGAUCCUGAUAAUCACCCGUCAUUAUUACCACGUCGUGAUCUUAUUCGUUUAUUUCUUGAUAUUAAUGCUGUAUCAAAAUCUGUACAAGUUCAAAAUGAUGCAACUGAAUUACUUACAAAAUUAUGUGAAUUAUGUUGCACAUAUGAAAGUGAUGAUGAUAUUCAAGUUUUACUUGAUAAUCUUCGAUCAUCUAUUCCAAGUGUACGAGAAAGUUGUAUUCUUUCAUUAAAAAAAUUAGUUACUCAAUUAAAUACAGCACAUCCAACACUUCAAGCUGAUAUUGCACGUCGAUUAUUAAUUGCUUGUGAAGAUUUAGAAGAACGAGUGAAGACUAUUGCUACUGAAUUGUGGCCACAAACAAAAUUAGUUGUGAAAGCUGAAAAUGUAAAAGAUUUUCUUAAAGAUAUUGUUCAUCCUAGCAUGCCAGUCCGUGAACCAGCUACAAUUGCAUUACCAAAACUAUUAGAAACAUCACAUCCUCAAUUAAUUCCUUUUAUUCUCAAUGAUCUUUUUGAUAUUUAUACUAAAAAUAAUAAACUUAUACCACAAGCAGUUGAUCAAUUUGGACGACAACUUGAAGCAAAACCAGUCGAUACAUGGGAACCACGUGCUGGUGUAGCUGUAUGUCUUUUUCAUAUGGCAUCAUUUGUUGGUGAUCAUAUUGAAGAUUUAUUUAAAUUUUAUGUUCCAACAGCAUUAAAUGAUCGAAAUCUUGAUGUUCGAAAUGAUAUGCUUCGUGCAGCAACAACAACCAUUGAUAUUCAUGGACGAGAAAAUUUAACAAUGUUAUUACAAAUAAUGGAAGGUUUUCUUAAAGAAGCACCUAAAACAGCUGAUUAUGAUUCUGUUCGACAAAGUGUUGUUAUUCUUAUGGGUAAAUUAGCUAAGGAUAUGGAUAAAGAUAGUACAAAAGUAAAGAAUAUUCUUGGACAACUUAUAUCAACAUUAAAUACUCCAUCACAACAAGUACAAGCUGCUGUAGCUGAUUGUCUUCCACCAUUAGUUGCAGCUGUUAAAGAUGAAGCUGGUGUUUAUGUUCAACAAUUACUUAAUUGUUUACUUUCAUCACAAGAUUAUGCAGAGAAAAAAGGAGCUGCUUAUGGUUUAGCUGGUUUUAUUAAAGGUUUAGGUAUUCUGGCUGUUAAACAAUAUAAUGUUCUUACUGAAUUAACUGAAGCCAUUCAAGAUAAAUCAAAUGCUAAAAGACGAGAAGGUGCACUUUUCGGUAUAGAAAUGUUAACAUCAAUGUUAGGUCGAUUAUUUGAAGUAUAUAUUGUUAAUAUAUUACCUAAUUUAUUAUUAUGUUUUGGUGAUAAUGAUGCUAAAGUUCGUGAUGCAGCAGAAGAUUGUGCAAGAGCAAUUAUGAGCAAAUUAACAAGUCAUGGUGUUAAAAUUGUUUUACCAGGACUUCUCAAAGGAUUAGAAUCAGAUUUAUGGCGAACAAAAUGUGGAGCUGUUGAAUUACUUGGUGCCAUGGCUCAUUGUGCUCCAAAACAAUUAUCAACAUGUUUACCAAGUAUUGUUCCAAAAUUAAUCGAAGUACUUACUGAUUCUCAUCAACGUGUACAAAAAAGUGGUACUCAAGCAUUGAAACAAAUAGGUUCAGUAAUCAAAAAUCCUGAAAUUCAAGCAAUUGUUCCUGUUCUACUCGAUGCAUUACAAGAGCCAACUAAAAAAACUCAAGCAUCAUUACAAAUAUUAAUUCAAACACGUUUCGUUCAUUUUAUUGAUGCUCCAUCACUUGCGUUGAUUAUUCCUGUUAUUGAACGUGCUUUUCAAAAUCGUUCAACAGAAACACGAAAAAUGGCUGCACAAAUUAUCGGAAAUAUUUAUUCAUUAACUGAUUCAAAAGAUCUUGCUCCAUAUUUAGCAAAUAUUCUUCCUGGUUUAAAAACAUCUUUACUUGAUCCUGUUCCUGAAGUUCGUGCUGUAUCUGCACAUGCACUCGGUUCAAUGGUACGUGCAAUGGGUGAAGAAGCAUUUCAAGAAAUUGUUCCAUGGCUUAUGGAACAUCUUGUACUUGAAUCAAGUCCAGUUGAUCGUUCAGGUGCUGCACAAGGUUUAAGUGAAGUUAUAUUUGGUCUUGGUGCUGAUCGUCUUGAAAAAUCUAUGAAAGAAAUUAUUGAUCGUUCACAACAACUUGAUCUAGCUGCACAUGUUCGUGAUGGUUAUAUGAUGAUGUUUAUCUAUUUACCAAUUAGUUUUGGAGAGAAAUUUAUUCCCUAUGUAGGAAAAAUUAUUCCACCAAUCUUAAAAGGUUUAGCUGAUGAAACAGAAUUCGUUCGUGAUACAGCACUUAAAGCUGGUCAACGUAUUGUUAAUAGUUAUGCUGAAACAGCUAUAUCAUUAUUCGUACCUGAACUUGAACGAGGUCUUUUCGAUGAUAAUUGGCGUAUCCGUUAUAGUUCAGUUUUAUUACUUGGAGAACUUUUAUUCAAAGUUUCGGGUGUAACUGGAAAAGCAACAACAGAAAGUGUUGAUGAAGAUGAUAACUUUGGUACUGAAUAUGGUUUACAAGCAAUCACAGGUGCACUAGGUCGCGAUCGACGUGAUAUAGUUCUAUCUGGUUUAUAUAUGGGUCGAUCGGAUAUUGCUCUGACAGUGCGGCAAUCAGCUUUACAUGUUUGGAAGACAAUUAUAUCGAAUACACCACGUACAUUAAGAGAAAUAUUACAAACAUUAUUUACCACUUUAUUGGGUUGUUUAGCAAGUUCAAAUUAUGAUAAACGACAAAUUGCUGCAAGAACAUUGGGUGAUUUAGUUAGAAAAUUAGGUGAACGUGUUUUACCAGAAAUAAUUCCAAUUCUUGAAAAAGGUCUUGAUUCACCAAAAAGUGAUCAACGACAAGGUGUUUGUAUUGGUCUUAGUGAAAUUAUGACAGCAUGCAGUCGAGAUUAUAUUAUCGCUUUUUCAAGUACAAUUAUCCCAACUGUUCGACGUGCUUUACUCGAUCCAUUAGUCGAAGUUCGUCAAUCUGCUGCUAAAACUUUCGAAAAUCUUCAUUCAAGUAUUGGUACUCCAGCAUUAGAUGAUAUUUUACCAUAUUUAUUAAAUGCUAUGCAAAAAGAUCCUGUACCAAAUGGAAAAACUACAAAUCAAUCAGAAGAUCAGGACGAUAGUGAACGUGAUCAUGCUCUUGAUGCAUUACAACGUAUAAUGCAAUUAAAAUCUCGUGUUGUAUUACCAUAUCUUGUUCCACAUCUUAUUCAAUCACCAGUUGAUAUUAAAGCAUUAGCUAGUUUAACAUUAGUCGCUGGUGAUUCAUUAGCAAAACAUUUAAAUCGAAUUAUUCAAGCUGUUGUAACACAUAUUGCUGAAGAAAAAGAUCCCGAAGCUAGACAAAAUCAUAUGUAUUAUGCUGAACAAUUAAUCUCAGCAAUUAAUGAUCCUGAUGGUAUAUUAAUAAUAAUAAAAGAAUUACAAGAAUUUGCACGUUCACCAAAAGUUAAUAAUCGUUUAGUAACAAGUCAAUUAUUAUUAUCAUUUUGUAAACAAGCUAAAGGUACAUAUCAAGAUUAUAUCGAUGAUGUUAUUCGUAUUAGUAUUAAUUUAUUAAAUGAUGAAAAUGAGCAAAUACUUAAUACAGCCUGGGAUUGUAUUGAUACGAUUCUUAAGGAUUUCGAUUCAUUGGAAUUACAAAAACGUUUACCAAUUGUUCGACAAGCAUUACGUACUGCACAAUCAAAUAGUCGAGAACGUGGUCGACUUGUUGGUUUAUGUCUACCGAAGAAGGGUAUUGGAUGUAUUUUGCCAAUCUAUAAAGAAUGUAUUCUUAAUGGUCCGCCAGAAUUACGUGAAUCAGGUGCUAAUGGUUUGAACGAAGCAAUUAAUCUAUCUGAUGCUGAAGCACUUAAAUCAUCGAUUAUGAACGUUACAGGUCCAUUAAUUCGUGUAUUAGGUGAACGAUUUAGUACCGAUAUUAAAGUGGCUAUUCUUGAAACAUUAAGUACAUUUAUGGGAAAAGUUGGUGUACAAUUAAAACCAUUUUUACCUCAACUUCAACCCACACUUCUUAAAGGUCUCAACGAUCCAGCACGUCAAGUUCGUGUUAAAGCUGGUAAUGCUCUUGGAUUACUUAGUCAAAUACAUGUACGAAUCGAUCCAAUAUUUGUUGAACUUCUAAAUGGAUUAAAAAUGAAUGAUGAUCCAUCAUUUAAAGAAACUUAUUUAUUAGCAUUAAAAAAUUGUUUAACAGCAGUUGCUUCAAAAUUAUCUGAUGAUGUAAAAAAACAAACUGAACAAUCACUAAGCACAAGCGAAUCAAACGCUGGAUCACGUUUAAAAAUCGUUGGACUUAUUUGGACUCUUCUUGAAUGUAAUCUAGUUGCUGGAAAUAUAUUUGGAUUUGCAUCGUUAUUCAGUGUUUUACCGCGAUAUAAAAUAUAUGAAUCUCGUUGUAAGAUUUUAUCAGAAAAAGCAAUUUCAGAUGUUACAACAACGAUUACAUCAGAUUGUCGAGGACAAAUUGAUGAAUAUCAGCUUGCUUUUGCAUUGGGUAUUGGUUUUUUCAAUUUACCAGCAGUUGUUAUUGGAAUAUUUGGAGAUUUUUUUGGACCUCGUUCAUUGAGAAUGGUUGGAAUUGCUUUGCACUUAAUCAGUUGGUUAUCACUUGGAUUUCUACAACCGGGUUAUGAUUGGUUGAUAUUAUUACAUACAGUAUUUUCAGCUCUCGCUGGAAUGUGUAUUUUAUUAUCAUCAUUUUCAAUCGCAUCGAAUUUUCCUAAAACACGUGGUUUAGUUACAUCAUUAAUAAGUGGUGCACAGAAUAGUGGGUCGAUUUGGUUUGCUAUAUUUCAAGUUUUAAUUGAAAAAGAUUGGAUUUCUCUAUCAACAUUGUCAUUUAUUUGGGCUUCAUUUGCAUUACCUAUGUUAUGUAGUGCAAUGCUAUUUUUUGAUUGGCAUUUUAAAUGUACUGAGACAUCUAAUAAAACAAAAUCAACUACUAAUGAAGUUGAAAUAAACCAGAAAGAAGAUUCUUUAGCUCGACAUUUAACUAAUCCACUUUUUGUUGUUGUGACACUUUUUAUUAGUUGUCUACUAUUGACAGUAUCAUUUUUACCUGUUGUUUGGUUUCCAUGGAUUAUGCAUUUAACUGGAAAUAAUAUAAAACUAUCAAAUCGCUAUACAUUCAUAUUUAAUAUGAGUGCAGUAUUGAGUAUAUUCAUUGCACCAAUAUGUGGAUUUAUACUUGAUUUUAAAGCAAAUCGAGGCAAAUCUCAACAAAUCCUUAAUAUUUCGAUUGUACAAACAAUUACAUGGGUAGCAGCUAUAAUACUUUGUAUUAUUUGCAUGCUUCAAUCAGUAACAGCUGCUCUAACUGCUAUAGCAAUUUUUCUUGUUUCACGUACAAUGCUUGUUACUGGAUGUCAAGCAGUUAUUUGUACAACAUUUCCACCUCAAUAUAUUGGUACUCUUCUUGGAUUGAUGUGGACAACAGCUGGCAUUGUUAGUUUUGUUACUUAUGGUUUAACACGUCUCGCAACUAAUCCAACAUAUGCAUGGAGAGCAUGGUUAGUAAUCUUGUGUUUAUGUGUAUUAAUGGGUGGACAUAUCAUUCAACUUUGGCGUUUAUAUUUUCAAUCUAAAAAACAAACCAAAACAGAAUUAAAAAUAAAUGAUGAAGAACUAAAAACUCUUAAAUCAUCUAUUGAUAAUUAG